CUGAAUUUGUACCUAUAUGAUCGUGUGUUGUGGUUAAGCUGUCAUGGCUACUGGGAAGACUUUCCUCACUGUCCUUUAUCUGCUUCUAUACAGCUGUUUAUGCAGAGCUGAAAUUGAUGUCUCGCAUGUCAGCAGAGUGGAGAAGGGCAUGACAAUGUCUAAAGAUUUUCUCCAAAGUCUCGGUGAAGUUUUGAAAAAAGAUGGGGAAGUCCAAAAAGUUUUCAAACUCCUUGGUUCUCUUGGCAAAGUUGCAGCAAGUUUUGGCUUUAUUGGGUCAUUAAUUAGCUUCAUCUUUGCAUUCAUUCCACAAUCUGAUCCAACACUUGAGUUCAUGAAGGAACAAUUUGCUGAGGUCAACCGUAAACUUGACUCUCUCUCCCUUCAAAUUUCCACCCUGCAAACAGAAAUGGAAUGGACAAACUAUGCAAGCAGCUAUGGCAAAGAUGAGAAUGUGAUCAAAAACUCCUGGGCCAAGUUAACAGAAUUCAUACAGACUGCUCCUUUUGCCUCCACACAGGAGCAGAAAACCAGGCUGGCUGAGAGGUUUACCAAUUUCUAUGAAAACACUGGCACAGAGAACAGUGUUGCUAAUUUAUACAGAUACAUCACUGAGAACAAUUCUGUCAGUUUGAAUAAAAAUCUCUUGAAGCUAAUCAUUGAGAAAUCCAAUGGUGAUUUUAAUGUCCUGGUGAAAUACUCUGCCUACUUCACCACUCUGAUGGUUUCAGGACUAAAGUUAAAUGUGUUUUAUUACAACAUGAAGGGCUAUGAUGGUGAAGUAAAGGCAAAAGAAGCAGUCACACUACUGUCCAACACUUUAUCAGCCAUGCAGGAUGCCUUGAUUGAGUGUGCUGGUGACUUUGAGAAAUGGGCUUACAAGGACGCUGUUAAACUUGGCAGUGAACGAUUCUCAAGUAGCGAAAAACUAGCUUCAGAUAUUAAGCAUCAUUUGGAGAGCAAGUUCCACUGGUUCAGAUGGGUAGUAAUUGCCCACUCAAACGAUGCUAAAAAUGAGUUUACCUUUGGACGGUCAAUUAAAAUUGAUGUUCAAGAAAAGACAGUUGUUCACAUAAUUCAUCUAGAAAAGGGCUCUACUGUUGAUCAAAACAUUAAGGACAAUGUUAAAUACAGUUUGGAAAGAGUAUUAUUAAAUCUGACCAUUACCCAUCGGUGUGGAACGAUGAAGGAUGAGCUGCUCCACAGAUUUGGUGCUAAAGUUAUCAACCAUAUACAUUUUCUUCAUGCUGUUACAAAACCAUCAGAUUAUGCACAAACAGAUGUGGCGGAUAUUAAACUGAGCUGUCAAUUAGCAGGAUACCCUAUUAACAGAGAAUUUAAUUUCUUCCUUAGAAGAAAUUUUAUGGUGAAGCCUCCUUGUUCAGAUGUGAACUGUAACAAUGGAGAAUGUAAACCCAUCAAAGACACCACACAAGUAUUUUGCAAGUGCCAUAAGAUGUUCCAUGGUCCAACUUGUGAAGAAAGCAUUCAAAAUAUUAUUGACUAUGCAGCUCUUGAAGGUGAAAUCAAUGGUAUGAUCUAUAAACCUGUCCCUGAUCUGACAACAAUUUAUUUUAGUAUCUGGCAGCUAAAAGAGUACACACAAGAAAUAGUUGGGUCUGUCCGAAAUGACAUCCAGUGGACACAAAUCCUUGUGAAAUACAACGAAGUGAUUCAGAAGUUUCGCUACAUCAAUACAUUACAUUCACAACUUGAAAACAGUACAAUAACCCAACGCCACUAUGUUUCUGAAGUUGGAGAUCAGUUCACAGGGGGACGAUCAUUUCAAUUUUAUCUCACAGAAUUUAACCAUAUGAUGAUGGGCACUGGAUUUGGAGACAAACACAACAUUCUGGAUAUGUUUCGCAAGUCGCUGGUCCAGGACUCCCAAAGACAGUCUGCUGAGCCAGUAGUGUGUUCAAAAUACUACACUGACCAGAUUGAUUAUUUUGUGCGCUACAUGUUUGCUCUUGAAAAGGAAGCUGUUUUAGCUUGGUCGAAAUAUUUAAUGGUCACUGGAAAAUCAGAGAACUUUGAUUUUGUUGAGAAGGUUUUUAAGGACUAUGUUUCACAGCAGUGGAGACUCUUCAAUAAAAAUGGAUGUGGCCCUCUAAAGGCUGUGGAUCUUCAGAACAACCACUGCGAGAAGCUAUACCAUAGCACAGCCCAGCAGCAGGUGAAAAUUAAAUGUGGUGGAUUAUUCAAGCCAUUCCCAGAUAUUGUGGGCUGUUCUGGAGGGCAGUGGAGCGCCUUGCCUGUCUGCUACUCUGAGCAGGUAAAUGGGCGAGUUGAGUGCAAAUCUGAAGGUGGAGUCACUGUCUGUAAGGCCUCAUGCUCGCCUGGCUGGGGCUCUGCCACACACCCUCUGCCUGCUGAGUAUAAAUGCUCAAAGCCGCCAUGUCCAUCCUUCACACCACACAAGUGUAACAAUUGCACACAGAAAAGCGUUUGUAAGGACCAUGAGGUCUGCACUGGCUCCUUUGGCACAUGUCGUGAAACAUGCCUAGUUAAACCCUGUGGAGUGAACGCCAAAUGCUUGUCCUCCAAUCAUGACAGGAGCUGCACUUGUGUGAGCCCGUGGAAAGGAGACCCACACCAGGGCUGCAGAAGUCAAGAUCUCCAGUGGGUUCAGACCGGAGGAGUCCCCAACAAUGCUGUUCGUUCUAAAACCCAACUUGCAGUGUGCAGAGCCAUUGGACGUGACGGUGGGUGGCACAGUGGAUUUGUAAAGAAUCAACGCUGCACCUAUGAAUAUGACUGGAGAGAGUAUCAGGCCGAUAGUUAUGAGGUGCUGGUUGAUCCAUGUGGAGGAAGUGGUUGGAAAUGGAUGGAGGGGGAACAGCAGAACAUGGUCUCAUAUGAUGAAUCAAAGAGGUUUCCUGGAGUCAAAUACUACGUGUGUAGUGCGACACGUGAUGGCCUUGUAGGGAAGCUUUUCAACACCCGACAAGGCUUUCUUUGCCAUAUUGCCAGGUACAGAGAUACCAGGGAUGGAAGUUUCUAUGCUUUGGUUCCACAACCAUGUAUCUGAAGAACGAUACAUGGUUGUGAUUCACUGUUCAGUGCUCAAGUUUCUCUAGUUCAUUUUCCAAGCUUUAAAUUGGUAAAGGUGCUGUAUUUAUCUUUCGCAAGACAUACUAGACCUAAAUGCAUAGAAGUUCCUAACUCUCGCAAAACAUUUAAGAAAGUGGCACAAACACAUAUUGUUAUUGUUAGUCUUUUUAUUUAGUUAUUUUGCAUUGGGAUCUUUUUAGGAUUAAAAAGAGUUCAAAAACAUAUUGGCUAUUAAUAUUUGAUGAAAGUGAACUAAUGGAGUACAGUACAUUCCCACCUACAGGAUAUGCUAUGUACAUCUGCAGUAAAACCCAAUGUUCUCUGCACAGUCAAUAUAUUAUGAACUCAGUGCCAUAAUGUCCUUUGCUGCCAUCAUGAUGUAAAAUUUGAAAGUGUGCAAAUUUCAAUUACAAAUAAGUGCAUUAAUGUA